AUGGCGCCGACAAAGCCCGACACGCGGCCGUCCUUCUGGAACCUGGCCGACCUGCGUAGUGCUACACUGCCUCUCUUGCUUAUGAUCUGGAGCAUGGGCUCCAUGCCCUUGCUGUUGGAAGCCGUUGAACACCGUCGAGGCAAUCUCCUGGCUGCCUUUCAGGCCUUAAUGACCAACCCCCAUGUGCGCGCCCGCCAGUUCACCGUUGAAAUUUGGGCCGUUGGUGCCAUCGCUGCCUUUGGCCUUUCCCAAGUCAUUGGCAUGAUCAUCUUUGACCGCCUUGCGCGCUGCAAGCCGUAUUUUGGACCAGCCUUGCCAGACGGCUCCAACAAGCGUGCCCGGCAUCCCAAGCUCGGCCCGUUCCAGUCCUGCUUCACCUGGGCUGUGGUCGUGGCUGGCUACUUUUGCUACAUGGCCAACGUGGAACCCGGUGAUGUGCUGUUUGUGGACGUCUACCCUGAUCUGAUUCGCGCCAGCACCGUCAUUGGAUUUUCGGUAGCCCUGUUUCUCUACGCCCGGGCUUGUAUUUGGCCCACAUGCCCCGUGGCCAAGGCCCCCAAACUGACGUUGGGUGGCAUCAUCGAACAAUUUUAUUCCGGCCUCGAGCUGUAUCCAUCAUUCGAUGGCCGCAAUCUUCAGAUCAAGAAUUGGACCAACUGCCGCUGGGGCAUGACGCUGUGGCUCAUUUUUGCCUCCUUGUUUGCUCUGGAUAACUUCAAGCGAAACGACGGCAUGACGUGGGGCAUGUUGGCCCACACAACAGUCAUGCAUGCAUAUCUCUUCAAGUUCUUCUGGUGGGAGCACGGCUACUACCACACGCUGGAUAUCAUGCAUGAUCGCGUCGGCUAUUACCUGGCCUAUGGGUGCAUUUCCUUCCUUCCCCUUGUCUAUUUGACACCUUCGUAUGCCAUGGCCAGCAAGCUUGGCGAAACAUCCACCCCCUUUGUGGCCUACCUCAGCAUCGUCUGUGGAAUCGCCUCAAUGGUAAUUAAUUACGGCAUUGAUCUGCAAAAGACUCAGUUCAAGAACGAUGGCACCAUCUCUUGGCUGGGCUUUGGUCGUCGACCAGCCAGCUUUAUCUCGGACGGCAAACGGCGACUGCUGGUGGACGGCUUUUGGACGGCUCGCAAGAUCAAUUACACGUUUGAGCUGCUGCUCACUUUUUUCUGGACGCUGCCGGCGGGUAUUACCUCCUGGGUCCCCUGGUACUACCUCAUGUACCUGACUGUGCUCUUGACCCAUCGUAUUUACCGUGACGAGGCUCGGUGUGCCAGCAAAUACGGUGAGCUGUGGACUCGCUACAAGGAGCGUGUGCCCGGGGUUUUGAUCCCCACUCAAUUCACCAUGACGACUCUGGCACCCAAGAUUGCUCACACCGUUCAUCAUGGCGCACAAGAGGUGGUUCAGAAGGUUGAAGAAAAGACGCACAAAGCCUCUGGACGUGCCCAUCGUCUGUUUAGUAGCGAUGAAUUUACGGGUCAGCCCGGGCCCAACGACCAGGUGCUUUCUCGCACCCGCAAUGUCUCCCACUAUCCAGAUGGCGACUGGCAAAUCACUGAGCGCGUGAUCUACCGCCUGCAAUCGGCGAGUUAA